AUUUUUCCAAAAAGUCAUGAAAGUUGUAUAAAAAUUAAUAAAAAAAAUACGUUCAACAAUUUGUUCGUAGUGCACAAAAUCUAAGAAAUUAAUACAAAAAAAAAUUGAUACUUAAAAUAAUUCAUACAAAAUGUGUCAUGAAGUAGUAAUUAGUUUAAGUACUAGUGCAAAAUAAGCGAUUUCAUUGGAAGCAGUUAUUUGAGGAUUUUGAAGAUCACAAAAUUUUGAGAUUACAAAAUCGAUGGGCAUUCUUCGAUUCACAACGAACAGCCUCUAGAAGUUUCAUCAUGUUUCAGUCACGUGCGUAGAUUUUUGUAAUGUUCUGGACAAGUUGAAACCGAAUAUAUGGACAAAAACAAAAAAAUAAAAUCAAGUAAAAACUUGGAAGUAUCAAGAGUCCCGCACUCGCAAGAACUACACCGAAAUCACAGCUGAAUCAUAUGUAAGCAACAAAUGUUGAAAUAAAAUAUUCCAUCUUUUCUAAAUGCAUUAAAGGUAACCAACGCCAAUAGUUUGAGGUACAUGCUCUGUCUGCUGACGCCAGCGCCGACGACUCUCCGCUGCUUUACAUUGUGAUUUCUCAUAACAAGAAGAAAUACAUUGUUUCGUGGCGCUCACAAAAAAUUUACGCGCUCACCAAACACGAAUACAACCAAUCAGCUGAACAGCCAAACAAGCAAGAGUUAAUUCUGCCUUGCCUGUAUUUAAUUGAGUACGCCGAUGUCGAAGUCAACGAAAGUAGCAGAGUAAUUUACAACACACAGCUGUAGCUGCGAGCGUAUGUCGAUGACGUUGUCGAUGAAAUGCUCAAACGCCUGAAUUGACAACUGACUGACUUGUUGGCAACGUGUGUGACUCAGUUCAUUUGAUUUCAUUGUACUCAGGCAGCAGCCAACAACUAUACUGCAUACACAUACAUAUAUAUUUGCGAUAGCACUCUUGCUCUUCUUAUUGCCAAAACUGUUGCUGUAACUAAGUUUGGAGCAUAGGGGCACACGAACGCGUGCUGAGUACAACGUACACACUGUGGGGUUUCGCAUGUGUCUAGCGUUGACGUUGGUCGACAGUUGCAAUCGACGCGCCAACAGAACAGGACGUUCGCGGUUGAGUAGCUGUACGUUGACGAACAAGUAGGCGUCGUGCGAAUGAGCGAACGAACAGACGCGUCGUAAAGGUCGAUUGGUGGAACAUUUUUUUCCGCUUAGUGAUUCGCUUACAAGCCCAAACAUAUUAAUGAGUUGACGUUAUAGCUUUCCGUCGUCAGCAGCAACGUUGUCAACGACGUCGUGAACAGUGUUUUUGGUAUUUGGUAAUAUCUUUUUUUUUACUCGAGCUGUAGAUCAUGCCAAAUACGGACCGGCUGUUGACAGGCAAACACGAUGUGAAUUAGAAGCUAGAACCAAAGUGAAUUUGGCAAGCAAUACAAAAAGUGUUUCUAAGUGUAAAUAUUAAGUGCAAGCAAAGAAAGAAAUUAUAUUUGCAGGAAAAAAUGCACAAAAGAGUUAAAGGAAAAAAGAAAUGUGAUUUUCGUAAAAAUUUUAAAUUACGAAAAAUAGCAAUAAGAAAAUAAAUUAUAAACCAAAAGAAGUGAAUAAAAAAAAUUAUUACGAAGCAAAUCAAAGCAAAGGUAAAUCAAGCAAGUGCACAUACAAAUUAUUGCAAACAACAACAUCAAGCGCUCGAUAAGUGCAGUGCGUACAACAUUCCAGUAGCCGAGUAUCAGCUGUCAGUGCGCGAGUGUGUGUGCAUGUUAGUGUUUUGGUGUUCUCUUCGCCCAUAUUUCAUUUCAUUGUUGCUUUGCGCAGGCGUGCACGUCCUGCCCUUACGGCAGCUGCAUAUAUACAUAUAAAAAUAAAGAAAAAAUAAAAACAACAACAACUAAAACCAAAACAACAAAAGCGUUUUCUGUGUAUUGUCUCGCUUGUUUGUUUAGUUUGAACUUUUUUCUACGUUUGCAUGUUGUUGCCUAGCGAAAUGACUGAUUCCAUAAAAUUAUCCGAAAUGCAACGCAGUAGUAUCGAAUUCGAACGUCAACGACAUUUGGCCAACUGGUUUAUCAAGAGUAGUCCGCACAUGGCAACACCGACUACGGCGUCAGCUAACAGUGGGCCAACAACAACGAUACAAUCGCAAACAACAACACCGGCAACAGGCAUAAUAGCAGCUGGUGCAACAACAACAGCAGAUAAUGUAAAUGCUGCUACAGCGCCAAGCACAAACGCAGCGUCAACAACAACGGCAAAAAAUACAACAGUCACAACAGCAACACAACUCAUAGGUGGCAACCAUACAAAUGGCAUGUCGUCUUCGUCAGCCGUCGCACAUCAUCAGAAUGCUAAGCAUCACGGCAGUUCUAAUGGCGUUAAUCCACCGCCACCCGUCUUUUUCUUAGUCCCGAACAAUGGCAACACAAAUGGCGGUAAUAUUGUCAAUGGCAGCAGCAAGCAUAAUAGCAAUGCGUCACCGGCUGCUACAAGUGUUGCUACGCCGCCCAACGCGAUAAGUGCUGUUGCCGGCGGUCCGUUAGGCCAUUUCGCAUCCGUCGAGGGACGUAAACCGAAAUUGCGACGUUUCAAUUCGCACGACACCAGUGCUAAUAUGUUCUCGGUGGCAGAUUUCGAGAAUGCACGUCUGGCGCGACGCAAUGAAAUCGAAAUGAAACAACGUUUGGCGCGUCGUAUGCGCAUGAGUGCCAAUGGCGGUUACGGUUGUGCGGCUGGAGGCGGUGGUGGUGGUAUGGGCGCGAAUAUGUCUGGAGGCAGCGGCUUGAGCGGUGGUAGUGGGCUUGGUGCCAAUAGCAAUGGUUAUUGUGUGGGCACCGGGGGCAGCGGUGGUGGAGGUGGAGGUGGUGGAGGUUUUGACUACUCUACCGGCGACAGCAAGACAUCCAAAUACAGUAAUGAGUCUCAGCACGAGCCAUUACCAGCCGAUAUCUUUCUCGAUCGCUAUUCGUUGCCACGCGUUGUGCGUAUUUCGUAUAAAACGAAAUUCUCCGAUGAAACACUACAGUCGUCUUCGUCGAAUGGCUCAUCGACUGCUACAACGCAUACCACUGGCACAAGCGCCUCUAAUUCGUCGGUGAGCGCUUGCGGCUUGGCGGUGGCUAUAAACACUGGCACCUCCUCAUCGACAGCCUCAUCAAGCGGUAAUGUGAAUGCGCACAGCUCGGGUGCUACGAAUACGAGUAGCAGCGGUGAAAGGAUGAAUACCAAGCUAACUGCUCCAUCCACAACAACAACUCAGUCAAACAUAACAACAAUUAACGGUAUUAGUGGCAAUACAGAUGCGGAUCAUCAGAGUGAUCAUGGUGAACUCUUUCUGCUUUAUCGGCUGCUAAGACAGCGUCACAUUUUUCAUGGGCAUAAUGCCAAAACAGCGGCCGCGAGUCGCAAGAAAGGCGUGCUGAUACCGCAAGAGUUUCCAGGUUACUUCUCGCUGCUUAACGACAAGGGUCUACCCACAGCUACCCUAUACACUUCGCUGAUACAACUGGUACGCGAGCGUGUGUACAAAUUUGUUUCAGUCGACAAUAUGCCCGCCUUCACGGAAUCCCAGCCCAACGUAAGCAACCCACCCACAGAGGGUUGUAUAUCAAUCUAUUCCCAACCGCCGCCACCACCGAACAACAAUCGCCCACAGUAUACGAAGACCACAGCGCGAGGAGGACAAGUAUUUCGUCUGCUUGCCGUUUUCGAAGAUGGCAAACAAGAUCACACAACAAUCGGUUGUACCGGUGGCGUAACCACAAAAGCGAAUAACAAUCAUGGACGAGAGAAGGAGAAGGGACGAUAUGCACAACUGUUGAAUGAAAAUCGACAAGUGUUGUACGUGUCGCUCUCUACGAAGGGCAAGUUUUACGAAAUCGAGCCUGGCAUACCACAAAUACUGCAGAAGCUCGGUGGUAUUGGCAGUGAGGCAAAUAAGAAAGUCAAUCCGGAUUGUGUGCAUCGUAUAACUGCGUUGAUAACGCCACAGAAGGAGUUACCGCUCACACUGCGCUACAUCUCCGGGCCACAAGGCAGUCAAGGUGCGAUACCCGAGAAUGUUUGCAUUACGCACAUAACCACCGAGAAUGUGGUAAUCGCCUGCCCCAUUGAGGAUGUGGAGGUGCAAAGUCCAUUGCAUUUACGUAAACUACAUCUAUCCAAAGAGAUGAAUUUAUUGAAGAGCUCACUCGGUUUUGAGAGCGAACAACGUAUGCUGGCGAAUCCCAAUGUGCAAAAUAUAUUAAAAUUCUGUCAAUUUAAUUGUGAUCAAUUUUUAAAGAUGGUUGAGGUGGAGAUAUUGCAUCGUCCUGAACGUUCGGGCUCCAAAAGCCGCGGUGAAGGUUUGAAAAUACUCAAACCACUGCAUCUACCAAAGCUGUUGAGGCGUGAGAAGACAACAAUACCAGCACACGAGAAGGAGGAUUCUAUCAUCUUUCUCAGCAAAUCGGAUCUCGCCAAUUUGGAGGCGAAGGAAGCUGCCGCGCAAGCAGCAUACGAAAGUGCAGCAGUCAGUACGAAUCGCAUAAGUGAUAAAAUGAAAGUAUUCCAAUCGACCAAGAAGAAGUGGUUCCGGAAGCAGGAUAAGCAUGCUGCACACACAAUGACCUCAUACGAGCUCGAUGUGCAAGCGAAACGCAUGAGCAUGGAACGCUAUUCUGACAUGUCCAAGCUCUUGCAGGAGCGUUUUGGUGACAAGCCACAUACACAAACACAAGAUGCACAUGAAUCUAUUUCGGAACCAAGUGGCGGCGCAUCGGAUAUCGGGUGCUCGGACACAGAGACCACAACUUUGGCUACCAUCGACGAGAAAUUCAAAAAAGUCGAAACGAGCGGCAGCAAGCCGAUAACGAAAUCCAUGUCACUGCAAGAUAUUGAACUCAUCAGUGGCGGAGCAGCAGCACGCAAACCAGAUCUGCUGCCACACACCGACACCAUCUCGGAGGCUGGCACCGAUAUAGAAGAUCUCGAAAACCAAGACCUUUUACCACAGUCCUUCAUCACCGAGAAGCUCUACAAUGAGUUUCAUGUUAAGACACGUCAAUACAGUAAAUCCUCCUCAAGCUUGCAUCAGCUGCUGAAUUUUUCGCUGCCACAAAAGAUGCAACUGCACGACAACAAACGCUCCAUGGCACAGUUGAAGCACAAUGGCAACAACAACGUGGCGACAAAGACAGCACCGACUGACCGACGACUUGAAUUCAAUAUCGGCGAACCAGUAACAGGUCGACGAGCUGCCGGCGGUCUUUCACUACUCGCAGGUGGGCUCGGCCACUCUAGCAAUCAUGCUGUACACACCUCACCACUCACACCCACCAGCCUCAUCGACGAUCUACCCUACUCAAGUGUGCGCGAUUCAUUGGUACUCUCAAGCGACGAAUCAGCUUCAGACAAUCCAGCAGGCAACAUCUGUCAGGCACUCAAUAUGAUCGACUACAACAAGGAAAACAUCUAUGCGGAGAUAUGUCACGAUAAUGUUACAGCGGCAGCCGGCACAACCGUCUCGGCAAUGGGUGGCAUAUGCACUUCGGCGACACGCGACACAUUCUCAGCUGAUACACACUCAACAGAGAUCUCAGACGAUUACGGCGAUUAUGCCUCACUAACCUACACCGCUAUCGAGCGCUACUCGGCGCCACCAAUGAAUGGCAGCAGCAACGCCAGUGUAACAAGCGUGCUCAGCAAAUCGACGAGUGACCAAACUGUGAUCAGCGCGGUUGCGCCACCUACCGGUUUGGCGAUUAGUCGUGUGCAAAUCAAUUGCAACUCUGUUAGUCCGGUGAGCUAUCACACAGUUUACUUGGGUGAUGAACCCUUACAGAAUGACCAACAACGUGAUGAGCGUGCACACAGAUCUGGCAAGGCGAGUAAUAAGAGUCGUGCGCAUGUAACUACUGUGGCGCUAGAGGGUAACUCGUCAAUGUCGUACGAAGCGCACAAUGGCAGCAACGCAGAAGGUGGCGAUGGCGUUGCCGCUGGCGGCAUAGGCACUACGGCAUCAAGCUUUGCAAAUGAUUUGGAGGAGGUCGCCGACAAUAUUUACAACACGCUGAAAUGAUGACUAAUGUGAUUAAGUUUGAAAUUGGGUGCAACUGUGUUGAGUAUGAUGAGCAACGGCAAAGGGUUCUAUUGAGCUGUCUCUUCUGCUCAACAUAGGGUUUUCUCUCAAUUGAGUGCACGAGAACUAGUGAUUAAAGCUUAUUUAAUAUUAAACUACGAUUCGAACUGCUCGAAAGAGGAAACAGAUAUGUGAUGUUUAGAGUUUUCUAAGCGAUUUAAGUUAAACAAAAAUAUGGUGCAUUCAGAAGGUGUUUCUAUUGUAAUUAAUAAUAUUAUGAAAAUAAUUAUUAAUAUGGCUUUACUAAAGUGUGGCUGACGUUGGAAGUGUGGAAGGAAUGAUUUGUAUUUAUUAAGGCAUAUAAACAUGGAAUAAGAUAAAAGUGGAAAAUAAUUUAUAGUUUUAAGAUUGAACUCGAAGACAUUUAAUUUUAAUUUAGUUUCUAAAUUUAUUUUUCUUAAAGAGUAUUAGAUAAUUGGAAAGUCUUGAAUGUGUGUGAGAAGCUGAGUAAAUGAUUUGGAAAAUUUUUGAGGAAAAUUUUGUUUUCCUAUUUCUACACUCAUUGUUUCAAUCAAUAACUAUUUUAGAAGCUCAAUUUUUAGUGCUUCAUAUUUUGCUUAAAUCAAAGCUUAACUUUCAAGGUUUCGCUAAUUUCUGAUUUAUUACUCGAACGAAAGCUUAACGAAAUCUCGAGCCGUACUGUAUCUAGAUAUGUUACCAGUUUUCGUCUCUUUUUUAGCCAAAUUUCUGAUUUCAUUAAUUAAUCUCCAAACUAAUAUUCUAAGCUCAAACUGUUCACUUCAGUCAUCGCUCUCACUAGUUUUUAUUUGAAACUUGCUUAUGCUUUUAUUUAAAAGCUCUAAGUAAGAGUUCUUCGUUUUCAUAUAGCUAAUUUUUUGAAAUUCAAAAUUAUUUUCUUAUAAACAGUAUUUUAAUUAAUUGCUUUUUUUUAUAACUUAGAUAAGAGUAAUUCAUCAUUUAUAAUAACAAAACAUAUACGAAAUCUAAAAAAAGCUCACCAGCAACAAACCAUAGAUAAAUUUUAAACGAAAAUCAAAAUGUAUCGCGCAAAUUAGUAUUAAAAAGAAUUUUCAAUAAUUCAAAUAAAAUGUAAUAGUAUUAAGCUUACGGCAAGUAUAAGCAACAAAAAAAGCAUUUAAAAAAGUCAUAUUAAAUGAAAAGCAUUAAUAAAUUUUAGCAAUACAUACAUAUAUACAUAUAUGUAGGCGAAACAAAGUUAUUAAUAAAUAUGCCAUUAUGCAAAAAAUAAAGAGAAGCAAGUCCCAUUUGAUUGUUAUUACACAACAAAAACAAAGGUAUUUUCUUAUCUUAUUAUUUGAAUAGAAAAUCAAUCAACGAAUAAUCAUUAAAUUAAUUUCAACAACUCUUCUGGGUGGCAAUUAAUUAGUAUUUCUUUAACGGUAAUUGAAUUUAUGCGUUAAAAUUGAACUAAUUGAUUAAUUUUGAGUUCAAUUAUGUGAUUAAUCGCUUAACUUCAGUAACUAAAUUUCAUUAUUUAAACUAAAAAUCUUAAUAACAAAAUAUCAUGCUUUGAAUAAGCCAAAAACACACGACACGACAGUCAUCAUAUAUUUUUUCACUCAGUUACAAUAAUUAAUUUUUAUUCUGCAAACUAUGGUAAUUAAUUGAUAUACAAAUUUCUAUUUCACCCACAAAUACAAAAGAAAAUAUUAACAAAUAUUAUUAAAAAUAUAGCAAAAAAUCUGUAGCUACAUAUUUACUUUAAGCUCAAAACGAAAAAGAAUCCACAAUCAACAUCACAUUGUAAAUAUCCGAAUAAAUUAAUGAACGAAAAAAGCAUUAAAAAUAUCAAUCAAAUAUCAAUCACAAGCUCAUCUUUUAAUAAUCAGCAACCAGCAGUAGAAUAUUCAAAAUGUUUCCACAAGCAAAACAAACAAAAACACUGUCCUGCAUAGAACGCAUAUUUAAUAAAAAAAAAAGCUAGAUAUUAAAGGUAAGUGAGCUUUUUCUAUUUAAAAUCUUCUUAUGAAAUGCUCUAACACUUUUCUGAAUCUUUAAAAAGAGUUACAUAAUUAUUUGUUUCUUAUAAAUAUAUAAUUGCUCUAAGUAUACUCAAACUUUGUAAAAGCUUAGAACAAAAAUAAAGCUUCCGAUGUAUUUUCCACUACUUUUCUUGCUUCAUUUUGCGUCUUGAAGUGUGGUUAAAGAAAGCUUACAACUUCAAAAGCACGAAAAUAACGAAAGCGGCGUCUACUUUCGAUAAUAAUUCCAUAACAUUUAAUUAAAAAAAAACUUUAAAACCAUAUUUCUUCAAAGUUUAGUAAAAUAACAUACAAAAUCAUGAAAAGUUUAUAAAAGCUUCGCACAGUACAGCUUCGUGUUUAUUUUAUUGUUAUCUUAUACUUAAAACACAAGGAAGCUCUCAAAAGCUGUUGUGUGGGGUUUUCAAAACUCUUGUAGUUUGCCCCAAUAUGAAUAUAUUGUAUAUUUCGUAAAUUCUGGAACAAAAAGUACACUGCUAUAAAUUAAAUAUUUUCAUUGAGUUAAUCAAAUUUACAAGAUUUAUCUCAAAUUGCACCAUAUGCGUGUAUUUCAGUAGUGUACUAUGACUAAUAGAGCAAUCUGUCUAAUUUUAGGCUUAAAUUCACCAACUAUUGUGCAUAUUUAAUGAUUGUAAUAUGGUUUAAUAUGCUUAAAGCUCUUUGAUGAAUUUUCAACUGUCCGCAAUCUUGUAUUUGCAACUUAUGUUGUAAAGCGUGAAAAAGGCUCACUUUUGUCUUUUUAAUUUUAUCGUGUGAAAUUAAAUGGUCAGAUAAUCAAAUUCAACAGAUGCAAAUUAAAGUUUUGAGCUUUUAUACCAACUUCAAUUUUCGUAAAUAAAUGUUCGCAAAAACAAAUGAGUUUUCAAUAGCUCAAAAAAUAAAUAAGCUUCUUUGAGAAACCUCAUUUUUAUGCAAGCUUGAAAUUGUUUCACAUUUAAAUUAAAAAUUUGAGCUUUCAUAUAAAAAUCGAUUUUCGUAAAUAAAUGUGCUCAAAAACAAAAGAAUUUCCAAAAGCUCAUAAAACCAAAAAAAUCCCUUUAUGGACUUUCAACUUUUCACAAUAUCGAAUUUGUUUCAAAUUAAAAUAAGAAAAUUGAGCUUUCAUAAAAAACCGAUAUUCGUAAAUUUCUGAAAAACAAAUGAAUUUUGAAAAGCUCAAAAAACAAAUUUCGAGAAGAAAUAAAAUGGCAUCAAAAUAAAGAAGAAUUUUGAAAGCAUGUAAAACAAAACUAUAAAACAUCAAUGACAUUUAAUUAAGUUUCUCUCCAUGCAAUUUUAGCGAUUCAAUUCACAGCUGCAACACGUCAUUCAAAUCAUUCACCAAUCAAGUCACAAAAAAAUUAAAAUUAAUAAAUAAAUAAGCACUUAAACCAAUCGAAUACUCCCGGAAAAGGAGGAAAUUUUUUAAUAAUAAAGCGUUGUCAGCAUAAAAUUUUGAAAUCAACAUAUAAAGAAAUCUAUAUAUUAUAUAUGUAUGCGAAAUAAAAGUGAAAAGCAAUCUUUACAAAAACAAAAAUUUUAUCAAUUUUAACUAUGCAAUAUUUAAAAUAUAAUGUAAUGUUCUGCACAAAGAACUCGGUAACUACAUUUCGCAUGUAGUUCAUGUAAAGUAUUAAAUAGAUUUGUAAAAGUGGAGCAAAUAUAAAAUAUAUUUAAGCUCCAAGUGAAAGCUUGCACGAAAGCUUAUUUAAGCUUUGAUAGGAAAAUAUUGCUUGCAAUAUUUUUUAUACAACAAAUUAAAAGGUGUUAUAAAAAUGAAAAGAAAAUUAACAAAUAAUUACAUAUUUUUUAAUUUAUGAUUUUGUAAAUUACAUACGUCAAAGGCCGACGAAGAAUAGUAGAAAUGACAACUCAAAAUGUAAUAUUUAAAAAAAAAUUUAAUUACAUAAAUAAUUGCAAUACCCAAAAAUUAAUUAAGAUUUACCCAG